AUGGCUGCCGAGACCGACGCGAUCGAGUCGUCGUACACCUCGGUCUUGGCACCGGUGUCGUUCCGGGUGCACGGGAUCCAGACCGACGUCGUCGAGGCCAGCCCUGGGGUUGUGGCCAUAGCGUCCAAACACUUUUACUUUACCAAUUGCCGCGUCGGUAUGGCCCUCUUGGGCAGACGUCGAUCCUCGACAGCCUCGCCUUUGGUCCAAGGAUCACGCGAGUUCAUGCGCAGCGUGUGCCAAGCUCUCAACCUCCUCACGACGACGCUCGGGUCGGUCGUUGCCGGUGGCGUCAACAGCAUCUUUUCGGUUUGGGUCACGACCAACCUCAACGACGGGUCGCUCGAGCUUGUCUUCUACACCCUCGCCGGCCUCGUCGUCCUCAAUUUGCUGGGCUUUGUUCUCGUCGCCCGCGGCUUCGAGUACCACGUGCCCGACCACUUGAAGCUCGACCUGGUCUCGGGUUACUCGCCGGCGCUGCCCCGUGCGACGCGUCGGUCGCGCAAGCCGUCAGGUGUUGUCUAA